CUCAUAGAAGUCUCGUAUUUAAAAUCAUUUUGCUUCCUCCUUCUGCCACUUAUCAUCUUAUAUAUAUAUCCUCUCCAAAAGCACACUGUAUCUACGCUUUCAAGAAAAUGAAUAGUCACAACACCUACCUUAUAUGUCUCUUUUUCCUUGUUAUUUUAACCACCUUCGGAUUUUCCUUUGCAAAACAAACAAACCCCACCUCAAAAAUCCUCAAAUUUAAUCAAUUCUUGAAUUCAGUUUAUGAAUGGAGAAUUCAACAGCAGAAACAAGUAGAUGCCAAUAAUCUGAAACUUGGAGCCCCCACUGUGAUAGCAGGAGUUUUGUGUUUUAUAGCAGCCUCUAUUUCUAGUGCAGGUGGAAUUGGAGGUGGAGGAUUAUACAUACCUAUUCUAACCAUUGUUACUGGUGUUGACCUCAAAACAGCUUCAAGCUUUUCUGCAUUUAUGGUAACAGGAGGCUCGAUCGCUAAUGUCGUUUGCAGCAUGUUUUUACCAAGUCCAAAACAUGGGGGAAAGAUUUUGGUUGAUUUUGACAUAGCUUUACUCUCACAACCAUGCAUUCUUUUGGGAGUUAGUAUUGGAGUAAUUUGCAAUCUUGUCCUACCAGAAUGGCUUAUUACUAUUCUGUUUGUAGUCUUUCUUGCUUGGUGCACUUUCAAGACAUUCAAAUCAGGAGUUUAUUAUUGGAAAAUUGAGUCUGAAGAAGUGAGGAGAAAUGGAUUGCUUAAAAAUGAGAAUUUUGAAGGAAUUGAAGGGGUUAAUAUCAAUGGUGUAAAAGAACCUUUGUUGUCGAAAAAGGAAGCAAAGGGAAUAAGGAGUAUUCCUUGGAUGAAAAUGGGAGUACUUGUGAUGAUUUGGUUUUCCUUCUUUUUCCUCUAUCUUCUUCGUGGAAAUCGAUAUGGACAAGGCAUAAUUCAGAUGGAGGCAUGUGGGUUGGGAUACUGGAUUAUCUCAUCAGUUCAAUUUCCUCUAGCAAUAAUUUUUACAUCAUGGAUCUUAUACAACAGAGAAAAUAAGCAGAAUUCAAAGAAGCAGGAAGUAGCUGCCUGUGAAACUAAGAAUGGAUCUUCAGGAAUGUUAAUCUUCCCCUUAAUGGCACUGUUAGCAGGGGUUUUGGGUGGUGUAUUUGGAAUUGGUGGUGGAAUGCUUAUUAGUCCCCUUCUAAUUCAAGUUGGAAUUGCACCAGAGGUAACAGCAGCAACUUGUUCAUUCAUGGUAUUUUUUUCAUCUACCAUGUCAGCUGUACAAUACCUAUUUCUAGGCAUGGAACAUGUCAAUACUGCCCUCAUCUUUGCAAUUAUUUGUUUAAUUGCCUCACUUAUUGGAUUGGUUGUGGUGCAAAGAGCUAUAGAACAUCAUGGGAGAGCAUCACUUAUUGUAUUCUCUGUUGGUAUAGUCAUGGCUUUAAGUAUUGUUCUUAUAACAAGUUUUGGAGUUGUAGAUGUUUGGAGGGAUUACACAAGUGGAAAGUACAUGGGGUUCAAGCAGGCUUGUUAAAAAA